AAAAAUUCUAAAAAAAUGUCUUUUGAACACGAACAAUUUAAACGAUUUUUAAAAAAAGAAAAUAAUAACAACAAGCAAUGCUUAAAUAAUUAUUCCCCUACAACAGAAAAAAGAUUAUAUACAAAAAUUUCAACAAAAAAAUCACCUCGAAUAUAUCAACAAAGAACAAUUAUAGAAUAUAGAAAAAAUGAAGAAGAAGAAAAAGAAGAAAUUAAUUUUAAUAAAAAUAAUAAAAAUUUAGUUGAAUAUUUAUUCCCUUCAAAGGCGAAGAAGCUUGCUGUUAUAAUUGUUUGUAUCAAAAUGUUGUUGUUUUGUUGUUGGCUUGUACAUGGUAAGUUUUGUUGA